AUGGCCUUGGCUGAUAAUUGGAAUCAGAGGACAACUCCAUUCUACAUCAGGCAAAAAUGGCAGCUUUCUUGCAAUGUACUAGGAAUUGAUGCAUCCCUAAUUCCAAUAUUCAAAUCGGAAUGCUGGAAAACUUCGAAUCUCCAAGUGAAUUUUGAAACAUAUAAUCAAGUAAUAAAAUUAGAAUUACAAGAUAAUAUUGUUUUACUGAAUAGUAAGAACCCUUAUAUUGACUGUUUUAACGGUGAAACAAUUGAACAUUUUAUUUCCAAUAGUGCAGCUUAUGAUAUAAUUAUAUUUGAACCUGAUCCACUUAACUAUCAAUUAUCUAUCGAUACUGAUUUAAAAGACUUGGGUGCUAUUGACUUUUCAUCUUGGCUUGCUCGUUUAGUUAAACAUCAUAGAACUAAAAUACAUGUUAAAAUAAGUAUGUCUGGAACAGAAGUGCAGCUUUUAGAAAAAAUGAUUCUCGACAAUAUAUUACUAUUAGUUGAUAGACAUGAAAUUGAAUGGACAGAUAGACAUAAUACUCUUCUGCGUGCUAGACGUUCUUAUGUUCAAUUAAUGUUAGAUUCUUACGGUUAUGAUUGCCUUUAUUCUACACGUUUAGAAGAUACACGAAAAGUAUUUCAGUUAAAUCGAACAUUCGACACUGCUACUAAAUAUUUUGAUUGGGAAAAUAUUAGUCAAUCUAUUACUGGUUGA